UUAUGUCACCAGCAGUCCUUGGGCAAGGCAGACUCAAUAUCACCUAAAUAAAAGGGACCAAGAGUGGUAGUGUGUCAGAGACAAUGGCAAGGCUGUGGGAGACCUUCAUAUUGGUGGUGGCCUUGGCUGUGGUGGCCUGUGAGGCCCAACGCCAACUAAAAUAUGAGGCCAUUGUGGAUAGAGCCAUAGAGGCAUACAACCUUGGGCAGCAAGGAAGACCCCUCUUCCGCCUGCUAAGUGCCACUCCGCCUUCUAGUCAGAACCCUGCUACCAAUAUCCCACUCCAGUUCAGGAUUAAAGAGACAGUGUGCACUUCCACGCAGGGGAGACAGCCUAAAGACUGCGACUUCCUGGAGGAUGGGGAGGAGAGAAACUGCACAGGGAUAUUCUUCAGAAGGCGGCAGUCAACCUCCUUGACCUUGACCUGCGACAGGGAUUGCCGUAGAGAGGGUGCCCAAGUGACCAGUUUUAAUGAUAAAAAGCAAGAGGUCUCCGAAGAGGACAAGUUCGAAGGUCUGCCCCCUCAAGUCAGGAAUAUUUAUGAAGAUGCCAAGUAUGAUAUCAUCGGCAACAUCCUGAAUAAUUUCUAGGGCUGGAGAGUAGGGAGGCGCUGCCUGCUUCCUCUUUACCACUGCUACCCAUCUCCCCCUGCUGCCCUGAGGACCCGCCCACCCCUCCUUCCUGCACUUCCCAGGAACAGCCCUCUCUGGAGAAGCUCGAGCUCCUACAACAUCUGUCCCUUGUCCAUGUGCUUCCUCCUGCCCGGCUUUCCUGCCUUACCUUCUAUCUGAAACUCUUAUUGACUCUUUAAGGCCCAAGCUCAAAAGUCCCUUCCAGGGGGAAACCUCCUCCUUCUCCCAGGCCAAAGUCCUUCCCACAUCUAUUCAGUCAUAAUCCUCAAGCCGCAUUGGCUUUACCUGCUGUGUCCCCAGCCAAAGGACACUGUAUCUAUUCACAGUAGCCUCCAGGGCCAGUUGCAGGUGGCUGUAGAAUGAAUCUUUCAAUGAUGUGCUCAGGGCAUCCUGGGAGGACAAACUCCUGCAGACUCCUGCUCUCUGCCUAGUCACUGUGACACCAAAAGUCCCUUUACAUACCCAGACCCCUUAGCCGGGAUGUGGCAGGUAGGUGGGGUCGGAUCACCUUGUGGGGACUGUAAGAGUGGCUCAAUAAAAUGCUUCCGAGAUCAA